AUGCCUGACCCAUCGAGUUCAAGCAUAGAAGAACCGGCCCCUACAGACCAAAUGGAAGAUCUUUUCGCAGAAUAUGGUAUUAAUAGUGACGUGGAGAAAAAGAAGAAAUUAGGAAAAUAUACGGAUCAAAGGACUGAAUUCAAAUGGAAAGCAUUUAAAACAUUCGAAGACGGCUCCUUUGACGAGUUUAAAAAGGCGCUAAUAGCAGAUUACCCUGAUGCGCGAAAUGCAGGAAAAGGGACCUUAACUGGACUAAGAGCUGGCACAACAAAAAUUACUCAUGGCGCCGCCAGUACUGGCUGUCUGACAGAUUCCUUUGCUGAUCAAGUUAAGGCCAGUUUGAAUAUUGAACAAACUAGAGACCGAAAACAGAAAGGCAACGAGGAUGAGACCACUGCUAGAAGAACUGAAGAUCCAUACGAUAUCAUAGACAUCAUAGACAUGGCAGAAACCAUUGCUGGACGUCUUACUGGAGACUCCCAAGACCACCCAAGCAACGCGAGAGCUGUAUCGACUGGUAGAUCAGUUCAAGCGCGCGAACGGGAAAUUAAAACGGAGCACGAUGAAUUCGAAGAAUUGCGAAGUAUUACUGCAACGUUCCUUGAUCAAAUUAAAGUAGAUCAAAAACAGAAUUCAGAACUUCGUAAUAUGGUACAAAACACGCAGAUCGAAAUGAAGAAACUCUUAGAGACUUUAGUUCACCAACAGCCGAAUAUCAGUAACCCACAAAGCAAAGUGUACCUAGAGGGAAUGGCGAAAAAUCUGUUCGACAAAUUGUCGAGGAGGCUAAGCCUGGAGAAGUCUUUAGUCAAGAAGCUGUUGUCCCAGGUAUAA